AUGCUGCCGUACCUGUUCCCUGAGCUGUCCACCUUUGCUACAGUCGCCGAUCUUAUCACCCACCUUCGCACUAGUGAUGCUCGCCUGCGUGCCGCCCUUCCCACCGAGUUCUGCGCUAAGAAUCCCCCUCCACUGUACUGGACACUCCACUUCAUAGUCACCCGUCUCCCUGACACCCUCAGCUCAGUUCGAGACCACUUCCUUGCUCGCUGUCCCACUGAGCUCACAGUCGCCCUCCUAGAGGAGCAGCUGCUAGCGGCCGAAAAGAGCAUUGUAGCUGUCGGUGCUGCUCGUGGCGCUCCUCGCACCCCCAUCUUUGAGGGGUGUUCUCCCUCUCCCCUCGCUCCCUCCUACGCUACUGCUGCUGCUGUUGACUUCCUUGGUGCUGAGUCUGCUGGCGCUGCUUCUGCUCCUGGCGGUGCUGGAGGGAGCGGUGGCGGGAGCGCUGGUGGGAGUGGGGUCGGCGGUGGAGGCGGGGGCGGCGGAGGAAGCAGUGGCAGUAGUGGCGGCGGCGGCGGUGGCGGUCGGAGCGGUGGUAGUGGUGGCGGCGGAGGUCGGAGUGGAGGCACUGGCUCGGGCCAGAGCUCCCAGCAGCAGCAGCGUCCCCAGACGACCCAGCAGCUUCGUGAGUGGCUUGCUCAGCGUGGGACGUCGGGGGGCAGUGGCCGCUGUUCCUAUGUCAUUCGCACAGGUGACCGCAAGGGACAGACGUGUGGGAGGUUCCACACCCCGUACCGCUGCUUCUCCCGCCUUGACGACGCUUGGCGUGAGGAGAUGGGCGAGGAUGUUGAGCGCCCCCGCUGGGCUGAGCUCAUGAGGGCUGGUGUUGAUAUCUUUGCUCUUGACUAUGAUGCUAUUAUUGCUGCCAUGUAUGCAUUGACUGUUAGUGCCGAGGGAGACUGUUACUUGUGUGUGCCGCCCGACCCAGGUAUAGAGCCCGCUGCCCUGGGUACUAGUGAGUCUGCUCUCUCUGGUAUGGUGCCCCGUGUACUUGCUCCCUCCAGUGCUGUCCCGGCUGUUUGCGAGUCUGCUCUCUCAGGUACAGCACCCACAGAGACUGCUCUCUCAGUCCACCAGGUGACGGCGGUUCCGUCUGGCUCGUUGUCGGGUUUCCACCUCCCCUCGUUCUCGACGAACCUGGUGAGCAACGCUGUCAUCCAGGAUCAGUGGGUUGACACCUUUACCCUUGGAGGACAGCGUGUGGCGAUCUGCACGUGCUCCAGGACCGGCCGUCACCUGGCUACGUUUACCCGUCGGCCGGGGUCGAGUCUCUACACACUGACCACUGCGUCUCCUCAGGUCGCUGCUGUCGGUCAGGUGUCCGCGUCAGGUCUGGUGGCCCACGCCUGUGAGUGUCGUUCCCUGUCGCACCAGACUCUUCUCUGGCACCACCGCCUGGGUCACCCCUCCUUGCCACGCCUCCGUGGCAUGCACCGUCGCCGCCUUGUGUCUGGUCUUCCCAGGUCCCUCCCUCCCCUCCCUGCCUCGCCUGCGCCGCCUUGCCUUCCUUGCGUCGAGGGGCGGCAGCGCGCCGCUCCUCACUCCUCCUCGUUCCCCCCGACAGAGGCUCCUCUGCAGACCCUCCACCUGGACGUGUGGGGCCCAGCCCGCGUUCGUGGCCAGGGCGGUGAGCGGUACUUUUUGCUGGUUGUCGACGACUACUCGCGUUACACCACGGUCUUCCCCUUGCGCACCAAGGGUGAGGUCCCUGCUGUUCUGAUCCCUUGGAUCCGCACAGUUCGUCUCCAGCUCCGCCGCCGUUUCCGGACGGAUCUUCCUGUCCUGCGUCUGCACUCUGACAGAGGUGGUGAGUUUUCCUCCGAUCUCUUGAGGACCUUCUGUCAGGCGGAGGGCAUCGAGCAGACCUUCACGCUUCCGGACUCCCCACAGCAGAAUGGGGUUGCUGAGCGCCGCAUUGGCCUGGUCAUGGAGGUCGCUCGUACCUCCUUGGUCCACGCGGCGGCUCCCCAUUUUCUGUGGCCGUUUGCUGUCCGGUACGCCGCGCAUCAGCUCAACCUCUGGCCCCGUGUCUCCUUGCCGGAGACCUCGCCCACACUGCGUUGGACGGGGGAGGUUGGCGAUGCGUCGCGCUUCCAGGUGUGGGGUGCUCGUGCCCUUGUCCGCGAUACGUCCGCGGACAAGCUCUCCUCCCGCACGCUUCCCUGUGUCUUCUUUGACUUUGUCCCUGACGCGCCGGGCUGGCAGUUUUACCACCCCACCUCGCGCCGGGUCUUCGCCUCUCAGGACGUCACCUUUGACGAGUCGGUCCCUUUUUACCGUCUCUUCCCCUACCGCACUGCCCCCCUCCCUCCCCCGCCGCUUUUCCUUGCUCCUGGUCCCCCUCCGGUAGACCCCCUUCCCCCUCAGGGUCCUGCUCCUUCAGGUGUCUCUCAGGUAGACCCUCCUCCCGUCGCUGAGCCUGUCGAGGUCACAGGUGACUCAGGUGCUGCUGCAGGUGGUGCUGCUGGGAGUGCUGAGCCUGGGGGUGCUGAGCCUGCGGGUGCUGGGCCUGGGAGUGCUGGGACUGCGGGUGCUGGAGCUGAGGGUACUGUGCCUGGGAGUUCGGCGCCUGGGGGUGCUGAGCCUGGGGGUGCUACGUCUGGGGGUGCUGAGCCUGGGGGUACUGCGCCUGAGGGUACUGAGCCUGGGGGUGCUGCUGCUGAGCCUACGGAGCCUGGGGUUGCUGCGUCUGGGGGUGCUCUUCCUGGCGGUACUGGAGCUGCUGGAGCUGACGGUUCUGGACACGGUGGUCCUGCUGGUUCUGGAGGUGCUGGCGAGGGGAGGUCUGACGCUGCUGGGGCCUCUGGUGCUGACGUCGCCGACUCGGGGGGUGCUGCGGCGGAGGGUGCUGGUCCAGGUGCUUCUGGUGCUCCGGGUGCUGGAGGUGCUGGCGGAGCUCCGCCGUCGCGCCUGUUCUUCGCUCCUCCGUCGCCGUCGGCUUUGCCGCCGCCUGACACGGUGCUUCGCCAGGUUCUUUCCCUCCCGUCUUCCACUGGCCUUCCCCUCCAGCCUGGCUCCCCCCUCCCUGCUCCUGUGCCUUACACUGCACAGCCGGACUCGCUUACGGAGCGUCGUGAGCCUGCGUCUCGUCCUGCCUCGCCUGUUCGCGCUGCUCGCACUGCUCGCACUGGUCCCACUAGCCGUCGUGUCGCGCGUCCGCGUCCUCCUCCUGUUCCUGGCACGCACAUUAUGGCACUUCGUCCUUCCACUGGUCCACAGCGUGUCCCCCUACCGUCUCCUCCUGCGUCUUCUCUUCCUGACGUUCCCGACCCUGAGUCUGACAGUGUUCGUGCUGCCCACCCUACUGUCACGCGUCUUCUCGCCACUGUUGUCACUGACCCGUCGUUUGAGUCUUCUGCUGCGUCUGCCCUGGUCGCUGAGCUUGUCGACUUUGCUGCUGCCUGUCGCCUCGACUACGCCGCCAGUCUUGUUGCUGGGUCUGAGUCUGUCUGUCCUCCGUCCGUCGGGGGUGAGUGUGCUCUUGGCACGGACGUCCUUGAGGACAGGCAGGAGGACUUUGACUCUCUUGCGGCUGCUGUACCUCAUCUCGUGGCCUGGUUGCUUGCCCCUGAGGGAGACCCGGAUGCACUAGACAUCCCCACUCCGCGCACUUACGCAGAGGCGAUCUCGGGUCCCUACUCCUCUCAGUGGCAGACAGCCAUGGACGCAGAGAUGGCAUCCUGGAAGUCCACAGGCACCUACGUCGACGAGGUUCCCCCUCCUGGGGCGAACAUCGUCGAUGGCAUGUGGAUUUUCAGGGUGAAGCGGCCGCCAGGUUCUCCGCCUGUCUUCAAGGCUCGUUACGUUGCUAGAGGCUUCAGUCAGCGUCAGGGGGUCGACUUCUUCCAGACCUUCUCCCCCACCCCGAAGAUGACCACUCUUCGGGUUCUGCUGCACGUUGCUGCUCAGCGUGACUACGAGCUUCACUUUCUUGACUUCAGCACAGCGUUCCUGCAGGGCAGCCUGCACGAGGAGAUCUGGCUGCGCCGCCCACCUGGCUUUACUGGGUCGUUUCCUCCUGGUACCCAGUGGAGCCUCCGCCGGCCAGUCUACGGUCUCCGCCAGGCGCCACGUGAGUGGCACGACACACUGAGGACUACACUUGCGGCUCUUGGGUUCGCGCCGUCUACUGCUGACCCGUCGCUGUUUCUGCGCACAGACACGUCGCUGCCGCCGUUCUACAUUCUCGUGUACGUCGACGACUUGGUCUUUGCUACUGCUGACACUGAGGCACUCGCUCGUGUGAAGUCGGAGCUGCAGAAGAGACACACGUGCACUGACCUGGGUGAGCUGCGUAGCUACCUUGGCUUGCAGAUCACCCGGGACAGAGCUCGCCGCACCAUCACCCUGACUCAGUCACACAUGGUGCAGCAGGUCCUUCAGCGCUUCGGCUUCCAGUUCUCCUCACCACAGGCCACACCUCUGGCUACCAGCCACUCGCUCUCAGCUCCACCUUCGGACGAGUCCGUAGAGCCGAGUGGCCCGUACCCAGAGCUUGUAGGCUGCCUCAUGUACCUGAUGACUUGCACGCGACCUGACCUCGCGUACCCUCUUAGCAUCCUUGCUCGUUACGUUGCGCCUGGGAGACACAGGCGAGAGCACUGGGAGGCUGCUAAGAGGGUGCUGCGUUACUUGUGCAGUACAUCAGGCAUGGGGCUGGUGCUUGGAGGACGCGACAGAGUUGUCCUCACUGGUCACUCGGACGCUUCUUGGGUGGACGACCUGGCUACGCAGCGGUCGUCACAGGGUUACACCUUCAGCCUUGGCUCUGGUUCUGUCUCGUGGCGGUCCACCCGCUCUUCUUCUGUUCUCGGCUCUAGUUGUGAGGCUGAGAUCUACGCCACGGCCAUGGCUGCACAGGAGUUACGCUGGCUCACCUACCUGCUGACUGACUUGGGAGAGCGGCCUAGUUCUCCUCCAGUUCUGUACGGUGACAACAAGGCGGCUCUUGCCUUGUGUCAGGAGCACAGACUGGAGCACAGGACGAAGCACAUUGCUCUUCGCUACUUUCUUGCUCGAGAGCUUCAGCAGCGCGGUCAGCUUCGGCUUGUGUACGUGGACUCGAAGGCCAACACUGCUGAUAUCUUCACCAAGGCGCUCCCGCCUAGUGAUCAUCAGCGACACUGUACUUCUUUAGGCCUUGUGUCCACAUUCCCUCAUUUGCUUACUGCUUGA